AUGCUUGGUUGUGCUUGGCAUUUUGUAGGUUAAAUAGAAUUUUAAUAAAAUUCAGAAAAUUGCUGGUUAACAAGAUAUGGUUAUGCUGAAAAAGAUUGGGUUAUAAGAUAUAUUGCUUCAUUAUAUUUUGGAACUAUCACAGCAUUCACAAUAGGAUAUGGAGAUAUUGUUCCAUAAAAUUAAUUUGAAUAAAUGUUUGUUAUCUUAACUGUUUUAAUUACAUCAUUAAUAUUUGGAUAUACAAUAUCAGCAAUUUAAUAAAUAUUUGGAUAAUUGAGAGAAAAGACUGAUUAACAUCGUAAUAAUAUGGCAAUUGUAAAUUCAUAUUUAAAAAAGAAUAAAAUUAAUCCAAUUCUUUAAAUGAAAAUUAGAAAAUAUUUUGAAUAUUUCUUCACUCUUGAUGAAACUUAAGAUAUUUUAAUGGACCAUCUAAAUGAAGAUCUAAAAUUAGAAUUAAAAGCCAGUAUCUAUAUUCCAAAAUUGAAAUAGUGUCAAUUAAUUAAUAGAUUCAAUGAUUCUCUCUUGAUCUAAUUAAGUAGAGUAGUUAAAACAUAAAAAUAUAUCCCUGGAUAAAUUAUAUUUUAAUAAGGAGACUUUGUACCUAAAGCAAUGUUUCUACUUAGAGGUGAAAUUGAAUCACUUAUUAAUAAAGUCUCUAUUAGAAAGUAAAAACAAGGUUCUUUUGGAAUUAGAGAAUUCUUUUUAAGUAAUACUGUACAUUAUACAACCAAAGCAACUAAAUUUUCUGAAAUUGCUUAUAUAACACAUGAAGAUUUCAUUGAAGUAGUAAAAAGGUAAUCUAGUAAUUAUGAAUAAUAUUGUUUAUUAAGAGAUGAUUUAUAAUUUGAUCUCUGUCCUAUAUAAUGUCAAGUGUGUUUGAGAAGUCAUAACUUAAUGGAUUGUCCUGUUGUAUUUUACAGUCCAAGUAGAGGUAAAAUUGCAUUAGAUAAGGGAUCAAAUAUAAAUCAAGUUAGACAUCAUUUACAUGUUAGGAGAAAAAAGAAAUCAAAAAAUAGUUAUUCUAAUAUGGUAUAAAAAAUUGAAUGUGCUCUUGAUUUACAAUUAGAGAAUGGAUUACUGUAAUAAGAUUAAAUUAAUUCUAAUUAUAUUUCAGAACUUGGUUUACCUACUGUAAAUGAUGAUAUUUCUAUGGAUUCUUUAAAAAAAAAGAAAUAAAAAAAUAUAGCAGAUUAAUUUAGAAUUUCAAAAAUGAAAUAAUUAGUAAAUUAAGGUCGUCUUUUAAAAUUAGAAAGAAUACCUUAAGUUAUAAGUGACUUGUAUUCAGAAUUUUUGAAAAUUAAGAAAGAAAGUUUGGAUAAUUUUGAUAAAAAUGCAAAUUUAUAAUAUUAUCAUAUAGAUGAAAAUGUCUUAAAUAUUUUGAAGAACUUUGCAAAUCGAGAAUAUAGAGUUGUUAAUAGAAGGAUAAGUAGGAUGAAAACCUUUUAUAGAAGAGGAUAAAAAAAUAAAAUAUGA